GACAGAAUCUAGUCGGCCGGUAGUUCUAAUUGUUUCGCCGAUGAUACGAUGUUGGCGACAUCUCCGGUGAUCGAUACUCUCUCUUGUAAUUUGUACACCAAUUUCAAUGUAAUCGACAGAAUCUUUCAACGUUCGUUUUUUCCUCUUGAACCGUAUUCAGACCCACCGGACCACCACCGAAUUCGCCCUAUUGUUCAAUGCCGCUGCUCCUCUUCUCGCUCUUCUUUCUCUCUCCAGAAAGACAGAUUCGCUUCUCGAGCACAGGAUUUUUUAGAUUGCGCUCAAAAGCUUCAAGUACCAGAAGAAGAUCGAGGCCUUGAACAGGAGAAAAGGAAAAAGAAGAAAGUUUCCCCGUACUUGGCUGCACUUGUGAAGGUGUUAUGCUGGAAAAGCCCACCAAAUUUCUUGCGUCCACGUGGACAAUGGAGACCCAAGUACCCCAGUACCCGCAGUGGGUUCAUUGUAAAGGGAAGAAAAGUGUUAACAUGUGCUCAGUGUGUAGAUCAUCACACAAAGGUGCAGCUCAAGAAACCCAAUUCAGAUACAUUAUAUACUGCUACGGUAGUUGCUGUAGCACUUGAGUGUGAUCUUGCAAUGCUAACAGUUAGUGAUGAUAAGUUUUGGGAAGGAGUCGUGCCAGUUGAGUUCGGGGACAUACCAGCACCUGAAGAGAAAUUGACAAUUAUGGGCUACCCCGAUGGAAAAUUUUCUAUGAUUACAACUAGUGUGUCUAAAGUGAGCAUGACAAAGAGUUCAUUGUGCCUAGCCGAACUCCUAGGUGUACAGGUGGAUGUUGCUAUAGUGAUCGGAACUUCUGGUUCACCUGUUUUUAAUAAAAGGGGCAAAUGUGUGGGAAUGGCAUUUCAGAGCUGCAAGGAAGACGAAAGUGAUAUCAUAGCUGCAUCGGUUAUUGAUCACGUCCUUCAAGACUAUGACAAGAAUGGAGCAUAUACUGGGUUCCCAACUCUCGGCAUCGUAUGGCAAAAUAUGGAAUAUCCUGAUUUACGCUUGUUCCUGAAGAUGGGACAUGGUCAGCAAGGUAUCCUCAUUAUAGAAGUGAAGCCUAAUUAUCCCGAAUAUGAGAUUCUAAAGCCAAACGACAUAAUCCUCAGCAUUGAUGGCAUUAACAUUGGUAACGAUGGAACAGUUCCAUUUUCACAGGGACAACGCAUGCCAUUCAGUUACCUUCUCACUCAAAAGUACACGGGAGAUACGGUUGAUCUAGAAGUGCUCCGUAAUUCAGAGAUACUAAAAUAUAACUUAAAACUCACAGCUCACAAGCAAUUCAAGCCAGCCAACAUUAGUGGGAGGCCUUUUUCACAUUACAUCGUUGCAGGAUUUGUUUUCACAACUCUUUCUAUUUCCUAUCUACAAUCUGAGUAUGGACUGUCUCUUAGAAAUCUUUCAAAAGAGCUAAUAUGGCAAGCUUUGUACGAAGAGCGUGUAGUGAUAUCUAAGGUGCUUAAGAGUGGCACUAGUAAUGGGUAUGAUCAUAUGGAGUACCUGGAGAAUGCUCAGGUUCUUGCUGUUAAUGGUAUACCCGUUCAGAGUUUAAAGAGUUUUGCGAGUAUUGUAGAGAGCUGUAAUGAAGAAUUCCUAGAGUUUAUUCUUGAUAAACAGAAGAAGUUGGUGUUGCAUACAGCUAGUGCCAAAGCUCGAACUCCAGAUAUUCUCAAAAUGCACAACAUACCUUCUGCUAUGUCUGAUGAUCUCAAGAUAUGUUGAGCAAAGCUCCGACCAGAAAAAACGUUGAGCAAAGCUUAGUCUAUGCAGUAAAUAAUGAUUCCUUACGUUAGGUCUUAAUUCAAUCAGUCUAAGCACAUGUACGCCUUAUAGACUAUCUGAAUGCUUAAUCGAUCUGUGUGAGCCAGAAUUUCUCUCCGA